AGGCCAUCUUUAUCGCGGGAUCUUAUAAGGGUUUUUAAUUUAAUUAGGUAUUAAAGAAAAAGAAAAAAGGCAAUUAGUGUAAACAACGUAUCUUAUUUAGGCGACAGAAGAAACGUCUCUUGAUGCCACGCGUCGCUUUCGUAGUGUUUUGGGAGGAGAAAACGAGUGGAGAAAAAAUCAGCUUGAAGGGGAAGAAGAAGAUGGGUGGAUCAGACGAGAACAAGCACGGAGUUAUCGGACCCAUGAAUCCACAAGGUGGUUUACGUGGAGGAAAGGUGAAUCCGGCGAAUGGGCAGACACGAAGAGCACUCAGUAACAUAAACAAGAACAUCAUCAGAGCUCCAGUUUAUCCUUGUGCUGUCAACAAGCGACCGUUGUCUGAGAAGAAUGUGAUGUGUAACAAGAAGAUUCCACCACUUGUUCCAGUGCAUCAACCAGUCACUAGGAAGUUUCCUGCUCAAUUAGCUGAGAAUAAUCCCCAAACCAAGAAGGAGGUAGCUUUACAUUAUUAGUUGAUGUAAUGUGUUAGUUGAUGUUGUUGAUCUUUGAACGCAAUGGGAAAUGUAUAACGCUUGCAACUUUGUCUCAUGCCUCAGCAUCCUAUAGACUUGUAAUGUUUCUUAUGCUUGUCAACUCAUUGUGAUGAAUGCCUUGAUCCUUGGUUGA